UUCAGGUUAUUGGAUUAAACGAUCAAGUGACUUCUGGUGUAUUGUCAGCGGCUAUGGAUACCUCCGUGUUUUAUGGAUUAGAUGUUCAAUUACUCGGAUGUGGUAGAACAAAUAAUGUCGAGUAUACGUGGAGAGUACAAACUACUGAAGCGAGGGUUUUACAUCACAGCGAGUGCGGUCAUAGAGCUUCACAGAUCGAAGGAGUGCUUUUGUAUGUGUCAGUAAACUACAUAUGCUCCUCAAGAACACCAUACGCUCAACUUACUAAUGGAGAUAACGGUGGUCCACUUCUAUAUAAUGGCGCUAUUGUAGGUAUAAAUCUGGGCGUAUCACCACCUUAUCACGGCACCUUUCAUCCUAAUAAAGUAAACAUUCAUCUUUAUCUGUACUUGUACAGAAUUUUUAUAAACCAUAUUAUAGAAAAUGAUGGAUAGGAUAAAGAUAGAUAAUGAUAAUUAU